AUGGAGGAAUUACUGGCUUCGGCUCGAAAAGGACAACGGGAAUCAAUUGAUCAAGGUGGUGUCAAUCAGCAGUUCAAGAAGGACGGUGGUAUCCUCCAACUUUUCCCGUGUGACUCAUUCCUUUACACUGAAACAGAGGAACACGUCGUAAAUUAUCUCCUAGAUCAACCUCAAAUCGAUCAAACUCUUUUCGAAUCGAACGUAUCAAACAUUCCUCGAACUGAUUGA